AAAUAGGAAGUCAACAUGUUUCUUUAAAUGUCGCAUGGGAAAUACCAAGAAAACCCCUUAAUUUUCAAAGUUACACAUAUUUCUGGCAUAUGAUAUUUAGUAUCACAAUACAAAAUACAAUUGUUUGACAAAAUAUAGCUAUUUUAUGACAGGGAAUGCAUAGUGAAACAAAUUCAUGUGCAGGUCACAUGAUUUUCAUCCAAGAUGGCGUCUUAUGAAGGAGACGGAGGAUUCACGACGGGUAGCUAUGUAGUUGGUUCAUUCCCUAAGGAUUAUGGGUAUGGAGCAGAUGACCCAGACCAUGACACAAUUGUAACCGCAUUAGACUCAAAGCCAAGGAUUCUCUUAAUGGGAUUACGAAGGAGUGGCAAAUCAUCAAUACAAAAAGUUGUCUUCCACAAAAUGUCACCAAAUGAAACAUUAUUUUUAGAAAGCACAAACAAAAUAGUCAAAGAUGACGUGUCGAAUAGUUCAUUUGUGCAGUUUCAAAUUUGGGAUUUCCCAGGACAGAUUGACUUUUUUGACCCAACAUUCGACUCAGAAACCAUAUUUGGAGGUUGUGGAGCCCUAAUAUUUGUUAUAGAUGCCCAGGAUGACUAUAUGGAAGCUCUUGCAAGGUUACACACUACUGUAUCCAGAGCACACAAAGUCAACCCAAACAUAAAAUUUGAAGUUUUUAUCCAUAAAGUAGAUGGAUUAUCAGAUGACCACAAAAUUGAGACACAAAGAGACAUUUACCAGCGUGCCAAUGAUGACUUAGCAGAUGCAGGUUUAGAAUCAAUUCACCUUAGUUUUUACCUCACUAGUAUAUAUGACCACUCAAUAUUUGAGGCGUUCAGUAAAGUAGUACAGAAACUCAUACCACAGUUACCCAUCUUAGAAAACCUACUCAACAUAUUUAUUUCAAAUUCUGGUAUAGAAAAAGCGUUUCUGUUUGAUGUCGUCAGUAAAAUCUACAUUGCCACAGAUUCAUCACCAGUUGACAUGCAGUCAUAUGAGCUUUGCUGUGACAUGAUAGAUGUAGUCAUAGAUGUGUCUUGUAUAUAUGGUGGCAGUGAGGACACAGACAACAGUGCAUUCGACCAGCAAUCAUCUUCUAUUAUAAAAAUGAACAAUGCAACCAUACUUUAUUUACGGGAAGUGAACAAAUUCUUAGCAAUUGUCUGUAUAAUGAGAGAGGAUAGCUUUGAAAGACAAGGUCUUAUAGACUACAAUUUCCACUGUUUCCGCAAAGCAAUCACUGAAGUGUUCAACGUGCGGCAUAAACACCAAAGCCCACCAAUUCCAAGUAGCCCACAGACUAAUGGCAUAUUGGAAGAAAACCUUGGAAAGACUUAGUGUAUAGUAACAGCACAUACGCUGGUGGAUAUAUAUGUAUUUAUUGAUGCAAUGUACAGAUCGGAAUAUACCAUAAUUCAUAUAAGCUUGUGUCGCAGGAGGAACACCACAGUGCCAUUAGAAGCUAAAGUGCAAUCGACUCACUGGUUAUAUGGCACGGCACAGUAUAGUCUGCUUGGUGUUGUUGAUCAUUCAUUCUAAGAGGCCAGUUUCUCUCCAAAUUACGAAGAAAAAAAUCGCAGGAUGAGAUCAAUAUUGUUUGGUGCUCUAUAUCUAUUAGAACUGACACACAAGAUAUGUUUUGAACUUAUAUGGCUGAGAGCUUUAUCGCAAGAGGAAAAGCUUUAGAUAUGCAUUGAUUAUCAUUGCAGGGGUCACUAGAAUUUCUCACAACAGGC